AUGGGGAAGAUAACGAAGACGCUUCAGACCAAGCACAAGGAGUCUCUGACACCUUGGCUCCAAGAGUUUGUCCAGACUGCGUCCUCGACGCCUUUACCUCUUCUUCCCAAGUUUCUCGCCACCUUCCCUACCCGAUGGCCCUUCCCGAGAGGCGACCUCUAUCACUGGAUUUCGCUGCUCAACAGAUUCGACUCCGUAUUGGAGAAUUUCUGUUCGACCUACAAACUCAGUGAUGGCCCCCAAAUGCGACAGUUCGGCUGCGACGUCUUGCUCAGCACCGAUUCGACGAGCGCAGGCGGCAACCAACAAUGGGACAAGGCGAGGCUCUCGGAGCUGGGCUAUGGAGAGGAUGGUGACGUAGCGCUUGUGGUGGCCAUUCUCAACUUCACCAAGAUGCUGCUGAAUCACUGUGGAAACCGCAGCAUCUAUGCCAGCAGCUCGCAUUUGAAUGACCUACUCAACAGCACCGAUUUUGCUGUCAUCUGCGCUACGCUGCGAGUCGGAGUUGAGCUGGCAAAGCGCUAUCAGGCUUCCGUCAAGCGUAUGAGUGGCACCAGCCGCCCAAUCUCGGCUGCUCUUCUGUCAAACCACUACAACAUCGAUCUCGACAGAGUCCAGCAGCUCGCGCAACCGUUCGCCAAGACUCCCAUUGUCAGACCCUCAGAGCCGCUGCCGUUGUCCACUCCCACGGCAUCUGCCAGCAAAGGCAAGUCUCACGCCAACAAGAACGCGGCCUCCAUGUACGCCAAUGACCUCUGUGCUAUCGCGAAGCCAUCUUCCCCGGAUGAGUCCGACGCUCGCUGGAGUGGUUGGGGUGACGUGCGUUUGUCAUACUAUCCCACCUCGGGCGCCCCAGAGCCGUCCGAAAAGCAGCCGCCCCCGGAGCGCCCUGCCCAGUCCUCGACGCCGUCCACCCCUACACCCUUGCGCCGUAGCAAUACUGCCAACAUCCCACAGUCGACACCACGCUCCUCGAGACAGGCCGCUUCGGAAGAUAGCCCCUCCCCUAGUUUUCGGUCUCCAGCCUUCGGGAAUGGCGACACGGUGACGGCUGGCCAGCGAUCAGUAGAAGUCCCUCAAUCAACAAUCCUCGGCACACCUGUCAAUAAACUGCUGGAGCGGGCACCUUCUGACCUCCCCAAAGCAGCCACUUACGAUUUCCUGAACCGGUUGCGUAUAGCGAAGGCACUGACGGGAUCCGCCGAGUCUCGCCAAGACGCCCUAAAAGCCCGGCUGCUGGCCAUUGAGAACCUGGCUUACAUUCAUACCGAGAGUGCCUUCAUCGAGAGGGUACUGAAGCAGGAUAAUGACGAGCCCCGUCGGUUCCAGCUGAUCUACCAGCUCGCUGAGCUCAUCCACCCUUCUGCGGAUGGUUCUAGCGAUGCUCCAAUGGAUUUACAAUCGAUAGCACUCUCGUUGCUGGAAGCCAUGACAAGUUUCCAUACGCGACUUCCCGAUAUUUUCUCAGCCCUCAAUGCCACGGUGAACCAUGGUGUCCUGCUCUAUGUCAUCCGGAAGGCAGUGGCCGAGAUGAAGCAAGAUGAUUCUGGGGAGCAGUACACAGAAGCCGACGAGUGGCGGGAUAAUCUUUUCUCUCUCACUCUGCACAUCACAAUGGCAAUGACCAACAACUCCGCUCGCACCACCCCUGAGAUCAUUUCUGCAGGCCUGCUGGACAUCAUGGUUGAGAUUCUAACCAUCCGUUCAAACGUUGCGGAGCGCACACAUGCAACAUUGCUGUCAUUCCUGGACAACCUCAUCUACAGCGUUCACUCGUCAUCAAUGACAAUCGUCAGCGCCGAGGGUCUCGAUGCCAUAACAGAUCUCAUCACACACGAGGUCGACUUGGCCCGUAAACUCGUCGCCGACCAGCAGGGCACUCCACCUAGUUAUCGCUCGCUUGUGGUAGACUACGAGAUCCCCUUCUACCAACAGCAGAAUCUUAAGUGGCUUCUCAAGUUCAUCCAUCACUUGAUGACCAACGCCUUUGCCUAUGGAGGCAAUACGGACCGCCUACUGAGAAACCUGGUUGACAAGUCUGCGCUUUUGCGUAGUCUGCGAGAAAUCACUGUGAACGGCAACCUCUUCGGAUCUCUCGUGUGGACUAGCACUGUAUCAAUCCUCAGCGAUUUCCUCAACAAUGACCCUACUAGUUUCGCUGCCAUCUCGGAAGCUGGCCUAGUACAGAGUUUCCUCGAGUCUAUAACAGGCCGCCAGAUCAAGACGGAGCAGCACCCCACAUCAGCCAGCAAUUCUGGCGGUAACGAGAAUGGCGACAGCUCCCCGAUUUCACCUAUCGAAGCUGAUGACCGGCCGCACCCACCCACUCAGGAGAUGCUUGAAACCCCUCGCCCUGGCCAGUUAGCCUGCGGUAUCCGCCCGUCUCCUGAAGCUAUCAAUGUCGUUCCCACCGUGCUCAAUGCGAUCUCGCUCAACAACCAGGGCAUGACGAUGGUUGCCUCUUCGCGAGCCUUCGAGAGUUUCUUCGAGAUCUUCGAGAGCCCUGAUCACGUGCGGGUCAUGGCAUCGAUAGAUACUGAGCUCGCAGUCAACUUGGGCACUCACUUUGACGAGCUCGCCCGUCAUCAUCCGGCCCUCCGCCCUGCCAUAACCAACGCUGUGCUUGACAUGGUUGCUAGGCUCGUCCAUCUCGGCAAGGUAAAGGCGGCGGAGGCCAACUGGGGUACGAAGCUUGUUGUAAAGACUUCGUCGGGGUCUGAGAUCCCAGCAGACUCCAAUCUACUCGGCGACGGCGGUGAUACUGCGGGCAAGGGCAAAGAGAAGUCACUAAAUGCCUCUGAGGAGAUGGACGUUGAUGCUGUUGACGCGGAUGCUCACACAAUCCAAGAGGACAGCCUUGACCCCGAGUCGGCUUCGCCGCACAAGUCAAUUCUCCCGUAUAUCUUUGCAGCUAGCAGCUUCUUGUUCCAUUAUCUUGGUAAUGCGCAGCUGAAGCAGCCCUUAGUCCACAAAGGUCUUACCGAACUCCUCCUAGACCUUUGCACGUCGCCAAGUCUACCCCAUCGUUUCGGCGAAUCAGUCUCCGCGAGCGUGCUGCAUAAUGUUAUCGCGCAACUGGUUGAGUACUCACCAGUUAUUGGAAUGCCAUCUCUUCUCAGAAGAACUCAAGAGUCAAUCGAUGCUCUGGAGUCGUUGACCAAGACUUCUGACUUGGAAGCCUACUUCGCACCUUUCCUUGGUAGUGAUUCUGUCGUGAUCAGCCAAACGCCGUCAGACAAGCUACGCACACUGGCAGAUGGGACGCCUAUUGUGAAAGCACUUUUGAACGUCCAGUCCUUGGGCAAGGCUCUAAUUCCCUGCUUUCCGUACUCCAGUAGAGCUCAAACCUUGACCUUCCCGCCAGUCAACAUCUACGACUACUUCAAUCAGCUCACCGCGUCCCUCGGUCCCUUACUGCGCUCUGCCAUAUGCCAGGAACAAAUGAGUUUGCACAGUGUGCCUCAGAACUGGUACCACUCGAAGAGGCAGUCUGGACCUGCUGAGCAACCUGGACAAGCUGCCAACGGGCCAACAGUGGAACCUCCAAACCUUGGCAAUGACGACGAGACAAUUCUUGCAGCUAUUCUUUCCCCAUCAGGCCUUUCCCUGCCCGUCAGGUCGGGAUCGGCAUCGUCAUCGGAGCGGAAAACCUCUCGGUAUCGGAACUUCGAGACCAUCAGCACUGUCCUUCGCGGUGUCUUGCCAGUGAUCUUCCCUCUGCUCUCAACGAUCGGCAGAGCCUUGCUCUCUCGUCGUAGCGAGCGCGGCAACAGUCCCGAGCGUGAUGCUUACGUCAAAGCACAUCAUGUCAAGCUCGCUCAUACUCUGGCCGAUACGUUAUUCAACCAGCUGGAUGUUCCGGUUGAGCCAAGGUCUGUGAAGCAAUUCUAUCAUUGCAUCACCAUGACACAUGCCUUGUAUGAGAUAUUGUGUGACCGCAAAUUUGAUGGUGGGCGAUCCGAACGGCAAGGUUCCCAUGUCAUCGCUUCUGUUCUUGUUGCCUUUAAGCAAAAGGGUGGAUUUGACAAGCUCAACUCGAUGCUGCGAAUUUUCUCCGAUGAAUGUUGCAAAGAGCCCAAGGAUGGUGAUGGCGAGUCGCUGUCAAAACUGGCAUUCAUUGGCAUGAAGAAAAUUCUUGACCUCUACGCGUUGCUCGCAAAUGCGAAGGUCAUCAGCGAUUCCGUAGCACAGACCAGCUUCCUCAGCAGGAAUACGUCUCGUGCAGGAGAAACUCACAUUGCGGCCAAUUUGAUCGUAGAGCUUCGCAUGAGCAUGCUCCCGGUAGUGCGUGAACUUUGGGAAUCUCCCCUGGCCGAGAAAGUCUCGGCUGAGGCCAUGACUAAAAUUAUCGAUAUUCUCAAACUGAUAUCCGCUGCCGAUCAGGAGUCCGGCGCGUACAAGCGAUCUGAUAAGAACCCUCCGCCAGGGCUGUUGAAGCAAGAACCAGUGAAGUUUAGCUGGUUGAUCGUCUCCUCAACCGUAGCACAACUGAAAGAAAACGGGUUCGAUGAAGCUUUGGCGAGAGAAGCAGUUUACAGAGCCAAUGGAUCUCCCGCACCAGCCGGCGACUACUGCAGAGCGCACAGAACAGGGAUUGCUGGCAGUUCAAACCCAAUUCCUGAGUUCGACGCGCCAAGUGAUGACCUCGAGGAACCACCCAGUGCAUCUACCGAUUCUGGCAAUGCCUUGCCUGAUCUCGCACCUUCGGGUGACCAACCAAUGAUGGACGUUGACUUGCCAGCCGAUAUUCCUGCUGGGCUUUUGGAGGAAGAGAUCCUUGGCGAGUUCAGAGAGGCGGCCGGCUUUGUCUCAGGUGCAGAGUUGAGUGCCGCGGGCUUACCUGCUGCACCUCACGAUGCCAAUGGUGCCACAGCUUCCUCGACAAGCUUGCCUCAAGCCACGUCGUCCACAGGAGACUCAACUUCUCAGAACCAGCUGGCCGUGACCAAGGAAGACUUGGAUGUCGCUCGUGAACAGCUCCGUACCAAUAUCAUUGAUAGGUGCAUCGACGUGAUUCGGGCACAUCCCAGUACUUGCUACGCAAUCUCGGAACUGAUCGAUGCCGCCGUCAUACGUUCAUCCACGGAUGACUCCGCAAAGCAGGAGAUUGGGGAGACACUCGUGAACGCACUGAUCUCUCUAUCUUUCAACGAUGAUCUCCGGCCUAACGGGCAGAGCAUCGCCGCUUAUGCUCACCUUCUCUCACUUCUACUUCAGAACCGAGGCUUUUAUUCCGCCACACUGAGCUCGCUGAAAGAGAAUGUCGCCGGCUUCUUGCAUUUCUUGAAGCCUUCUUCACCUCCGGCUGACGAGCUUCCCUCAUGGAUACCGUAUAUUCUUCUCAUCUUCGAGAUUCUCUUGAGCGAUGAUGAACAACCUACGGAUGUCAAAUGGAAGGCUCCAAGCUCUGAGGACGACCCAAUUGAGCCGCUGCAAUGGGCACCCAAAGACUUAAGUGUGAAGGCAGAUGACAGACAAGUGCUCAUGGAGUCCAUCCUGGAGAUACUGCCCAAGGUUGGAAAGGCGGAGUCUCUCGCCGUAUCUGUGCUCCGAAUAAUCGUCAUUUUGACGCGAGAUAGGCCCACGGCACGCGUGAUUGGGGACAAGAAGAACCUGCAGCGCCUUUUCGUGAUGACCAAGCAGCUCUCUGGGAGUGGCUCUGCGCGUCUGAGUGAGACUCGUAUAUCUUCAUACGUGUUGACCAUUUUGCGCCAUAUCAUUGAGGACGAAGGCAUCAUCAAGCAGUUGAUGAGAAGCGAGAUCCGCUUCCUGUUUGAUAACACUCGUAACCAGCGUCCUAUCGAUCUAGCUGGCUAUACUAGACAGCUCUCCCAUCUGGCACUGCGGGAUUCGCGUCUAUUUGUCGACGUGUCCAACGAAAUGAUUCGCCUUUCUCGUUGGACUGCUGGAGAGAACGGGUCUUCACAUAGACAAACCGUGGUUAUCAAGGAGCAGAGAAUCGAAGCUCCAAAAGACGACGUGGCACCAACCGUCCGAGCGACUGAGGACUUGUCCAUUCAAGACAUCAAGCCAUCAACCGAGGGUGAGGACAAGCACUCGACUGACGCAUCAAAGUUACUCUUGCAAGAUACCAAGCGACCUAUUCUUGAGAACCCGGACGGCGUCAUCCACUUCCUGUUGUGCGAGCUACUGAACUACAGAGAAGUGGAUGAUAAGGAACAGACGCAGGGGCAGAAAGAUGUCAAAGACACAUCUGAGUCUGGCUCGGCCAACUCUGGCGGUCAGGGCGAUACCGCUGAGAACCGUCCUUCAGACAAAGAUAAGAAAGUCAAGCCGGUUUUCAAGUCCGAGGAGCACCCGAUAUUCAUAUAUCGCUGCUUCAUCCUUCGUUGCCUGGUUGAGCUUCUCCAAAGUUACAAUCAGACCAAAGUUGAAUUUAUCAACUUCAAGAGAAGCGCGCCGCUGCAGACAAACACACCAAUCAAACCCCGGGCCAGCGUGCUGAACUAUCUGCUGACGGAUCUCUUGUGUGGCCGUCCCCUUGACGGGCCUUCAGAUUCUCUUGUUGACAAGAAGAGGGCUGCUACAGCAUCGCAAGCCCAAGCUGUCUUGAUUGCCUUGAUGGGAAAGACCAACGAGCGGCCUACUGACCGUACCCGCGAGAAAUAUGACUAUGACGAAGAGCCUGAUCUUCUCUUCGUGCGAAGAUUCGUCCUGGAUACGAUUCUGAAAGCCUACAAGGAUGCUUCUACUUCACAUGAGGCUUUUGAUGUUCGUUAUGGCAGAAUGCUUGCCCUAUCUGAAGCUAUGCAUCAGAUCAUGGGCGCCGAUAUGAACAAAGACAUGCCAUCGACAAGGCCGCAAGACUCGUCGCCGGAGCGUUCUUACGCACAGAUCAGGCGUCUCAUGUACGAGAAAGGUUACUUGGGAGCGCUCACCUCCUCAAUUGCCGAUAUCGAUUUGGCCUUCCCGCCAGUCAAGAAGACCAUCAAACAGAUCCUCAAAGUGCUACGCGUUCUAACUAGCACUGCGAUUCAUCUGAGCAACGCCAAUAUUCUCCCAGCUGCUUCAACCCUGGAGCAAGUGGAAGAUGACAUAGCUUCCGCCACAUCGCUUUCAGACAUGGAAGACGACAGAGAAGAAACUCCAGAUCUAUAUCGCAAUUCUGCACUCGGCAUGCUCGAACCAGGUCGCGACCCUGAGGAUGACUACUCCGAUGGGUCCGAAGACGACGACGCAGAGAUGUACGACGAAGAGUAUGGCGAUGAAAUGGAGUACGAAGAAGAAGUUUCCCAUGAUGGGGAAGAGGACGUCAGCGAUGAGGACGAUGAAGAAGUCGAGGGCAUGGGUCACAUUGAAGGCUUGCCCGGAGAUCUCGGAGUUGUUGAAAUCAUCGACGAUGAGGGUAACCCCGUCGAGGAUGAUGGCGCUUCCGGAUGGGAAUCUGAAACUGAUGAAGACGAAGGUGAAGAAGAUGAUGAAGAUGAUGAAGAGAUUGACUAUGAAGCUGAAGCACAGGACCUCGAGGAAGCCCAUAUGCAUGGUUUGGACGACGUGCCAGAUAUUGGCCGCUUCGGUAAUCUCAUGCGCGCUAUUGAAGAAGAUGAAGAUUACGAAGGCGGAGACGACAUCAACAACGUCAACCCUUUCCCAGAGGAUGAUGAUGAGGACGGUAUGUCUCUUCUGUGUUGUCUACUGAUGGUCUGCUUCCUUGGUGAGUUACUUGCGGAUGCCAUGUCCUUUAGCUUUCCAGCUCGGAACCCAGGCUCACUCGUUGAAGACGACGCCCCUCCCCCUCAUGCCAGUCUUCCUAGUAUGGGCUGGGAUACCCUUGUAUUCGAUCAUGGUGGUAACGUUCUUGGAGGUCAUCAACACCAUCACCGACAUCGACACGGCUUUAGAGGGCCCUUCCCUCCCGUUCCUUUCAUGAUGGGUGGCCCACGAGACCCUCUCUCGCACCUUGGUGGUAUGUAUUUGCCACCGGCAACAGUUCGACGAACCCCCGACGAUCCCCGGGUGUUGGGCGACCUUCUAGCGGACGCAGUUGCCGAUGGCACCAGCAACAGCAACAUGGAGCCGGUCUUUGAGGCUCCUAGGCGUUCCAUUCCGCAACCGCCAACUCGCGUCUCUAGAUUCUCGCGCAACCGGCAAAGAUCGAAUUAUUUUCUCUCCCCUUCUAGGCAAUUCACCUCGCAAACUCAUGAACCAGUCCCAACUAACUUGAGAACUCUAGAAAUGCGAAACUUCAUGCGGCCCAGCCAACGCGACCGGCCUAGUAACAAUGAUGAUGGGCUCAACCCUCUCCUUCGACGUACCAAUGAUACAGGGAGGGACUCUUCCCCACGCCCACAUCACAACCUUGCUCGACUGCUGGGUGGCCACGGAGGUAGCCCCUUAUCACUCCUCAAUGACCUCAUCACAUCUUUGCCUACGACAAUGGGUCGUCACGCUUUACAGUUCCAUAUUAGUGCGCCCGGUCCCACCGGUGAAAUGCAGGAGAUCUCUCUGCCGGUUCCCCACUCACGGGAGCACGCACCUGAAAGCCGCAGGGAGAAUCAAGAUCCGUCGCAGGCAUCUGCUUUCUCGACAGAAUCGACCAUGAUCCGAUGGCUUGAAGAGACCAAGAUGGUGUUUGGCCCUACUCAUGGAGAGAAAUCCUUGAGACUUGUGCCUGCAAUUAUUGCUCAUCUUGUCCCGCCCGCUAUUCAACGCGAGAAGGAGCAGAAGGCCAGGGAAGCAGAAUUCAAGCGCAGGCAGGAAGAAGAACGCAGGAAGCGCGAGGAGGAAGAGCGAAAGGCUAGAGAGGCAAAGGAGGCUGAAGAAAAGGCUGCUCGGGAGAAGGCUGAGGCUGAGGAGAGAGAACGUGCUGAAGCCGUUGCCGCCGAAGCUGCUGCCCAAGCUGCUGCCGAGUCUCCGCAGACAACCGAAGAGUCGAGUCACAUCGACUUUGAAGACAGUGAUGCCAUGGAGGGCAUUGAAACGCACGACGAAGAAGAUGACACAGAAGAGCCGGCUUCCAACCAACCCCGCGUCAUGACUAUCAUCAGAGGCGAAGAAGUUGACGUUACAGAUCUCGGUAUUGAUGCCGAAUACCUUGAGGCAUUGCCUGAAGAAUUCCGAGAGGAAGUCAUUGCCCAGGCCGUAACUCAGCGCCGGUCACAGGCCCGUGAGGCGCCUCGUCGCACUGGUGAGCAGACCGAGGUUUUCCAGGAGUUCCUAGACGCUCUCCCAGAUGACAUCCGACAAGAAAUCGUCCAGCAGGAGCGGGCAGAACAGCGUCGGCGUGACCGAGAGGAGCAACGUCGCCAAGCCGCCACAGCAGGCCAAGAGGCUGAGGCUCAGGAAAUGGACACUGCCAGUAUAUUGAUGACCUUUCCACCUGCGCUUCGUGAACAGGUACUUAUGGAUCAAGGAGCAGACCUCAUGGACUCACUACCCCCGGAGAUGGCUGCUGAAGCCAGACGCCUAGUCCGCAACCACCCGGCUGUCGUCCAUCGCGUCAGAGACGACCUUGGCGCCGGCCGCGUUCCAGAUCCUGCCCAACCUGGCGGCAGCGGCAAUGUCGCGGAUAAACCUCAACGGAGGACCAUUGUCCAGAUGCUGGAUAAAUCAGGUGUUGCCACGUUGCUUCGACUUAUGUUCAUCAACGUCAAGAGCGGAUCGAUGGAGAACCCGCUGAAGCACGUCAUUAAAGAUGUUUGCGAGAACAAGCAAACAAGGCUCGAGGUUAUCAGCACUCUCCUCCAGAUCCUGCAGGAUGGCACGACAGACGUCGAGGCUGUUGAGCGCAGCUUUGCUUCUCUUUCCAUCAAGGCCAAGCAACAAAGGGAGAAGGACGGCAAAACUCCGCAGUCGAUGAAGCGCUCUCUCACGAACAUCGGCCACAGCAGUCAUGUCCACACCAGUGCCGAGACGUCACCUGUCCUUAUUGUUCAACAAUGCUUGGAUCUGCUAUGCUUCCUUGCUGACGAGGAUGUCCACGUACCUGGACUUUUCUUGACUGAGCACGAUAUUGUUGGCUCAACCCUGAAACGCAGUCUAAGCCGCAAGGGCAAAGGCAAGGGUCCCGACUUGAAGACACACAAGUACGCCAUCAACUCCUUAUUGGCGCUGCUGGACCGCGAUCUGGUCAUUGAAAGCUCGACUAUCAUGGACAGCCUUUCUCAGCUGCUGAGCCGAGUUACAUUGCCUCUCCUUGCACUAGAUCGCAAGCUCAAGGAGGCGGACGAGACGAUCAAGAAACUCGACAAGGAGAUCGAAGAGCUUGAGACGGCGGUUGCGAAUAGUGCGGCCUCUGAGGGUCCAUCCAAUGAGCAAGGUGCCGCCACUGAAGCCAUUGCUGCCGCGGAAACACAGCAAGACCCCAGUAUCACCAGCGAUGCCGCCAACACUACAGAAGGCUCAUCCAAGGCAAAUCCAGCUGAGGCGCUCGCAAAAGCAAAGGACAGGAGAGAGUUCAUCCAGAAGCGGGUUAAGACAUAUGUGCCUCCGCAGAUCCCUACUCACAACUUGACCAAGAUUAUCAAUAUCUUCGUCGCACGCGAAUGCAGUUCCAAGACAUUCAAGGAGACGCUGUCUGCCAUCAAGAAUCUCUCGGUCAUCCCCAACGCCAUGGAUACGUUUGGCGAAGAGCUGGCCCGCCAGUCUCGUCUCUUGAGCGAGAAGAUUGUCCACCACCUUGAUGAACUUCUGCCGCACAUCGAGAAGGCUUCCACUGGCACUGAAAUCCAGGGAGUCGCAUUGGCCAAGUUUUCUCCCGGUGCCGCGGAUCAGAACAAGCUUCUGCGUGUGCUGACAGCAUUGGACCACCUCUUCACGCAAAAGAAGCCCUUGUCUACACAAGAGUCCGAGUCCAGCAACGAGGCUAAGAAAGCAGACCUGUUGGCUACGCUUUAUCGCAACACCACGUUCCACGCCAUGUGGGACAGACUCAGCUCGUGCCUCAGCGCUAUCCGGCAGCGCGAGAGUCUCAUCAAUGUGGCCACGAUCUUGCUGCCUCUCAUCGAAGCCCUCAUGGUGGUGUGCAAGGACAGUGCAAACCCGGAUCUCUCAUCGUCUCAACUCAAGGAAACGGUUCUUUCUAGCCCGGCACCAGAGUCGCCCAUGACUAACCGAUUCCUCUCAUUCACGGAAGAGCACCGUCGUAUCCUCAACGAACUCGUGCGAAAUAACCCAUCUCUCAUGAAGGGCACCUUCCAGAAUCUUGUCAAGAACCCCAAGGUACUUGAGUUUGACAACAAGCGCAACUGGUUCAACCGCAGCGUCCACAACAGAAACCAAAUCCGAGAUGGACGUACUUUCCCCUCGCUGCAGCUGUCUGUGCGUCGCGACCAGGUCUUCCACGACUCUUUCAAGUCGCUGUACUUCAAGAGCGGCGAUGAGAUGAAAUUUGGCAAGCUCAACAUCCGAUUCCAUGGCGAGGAAGGCGUCGACGCCGGUGGUGUAACGCGAGAGUGGUUCCAAGUUCUCUCUCGCCAGAUGUUCGACCCCAACUACGCGUUGUUCGUUCCAGUGUCUAGUGACCGCACAACCUUCCACCCCAACAAGCUUAGCGGUAUCAACGAUGAGCACUUGAUGUUCUUCAAGUUCAUCGGCCGAGUCAUUGGCAAGGCUUUGUAUGAAGGGCGUGUCCUGGACUGUUACUUCAGCCGUGCAGUGUACAAGCGCAUCCUUGGCAAGCAAGUCUCGGUGAAGGACAUGGAAUCAUUCGACCCCGACUACUACAAGUCCCUCGUCUGGAUGCUGGAGAACGACAUCACUGAUAUUAUCACUGAAACAUUCUCGGUUGAGACUGACGAGUUCGGCGUGACCAAGAUCGAGGAUCUUUGCGAGAACGGCCGCAACAUCCCAGUCACUGAGGAGAACAAGCAGGACUACGUUCGUCUGGUUGUGGAGCACAAGCUGCUGUCGUCGGUCAAGGAGCAGAUGGAGCACUUCUUGAAGGGUUUCCACGAGAUCAUUCCCGCCGAACUGGUCUCGAUCUUUAACGAGCAGGAGCUCGAGUUGCUCAUCUCGGGUCUGCCGGACAUUGACGUCGAUGACUGGAAGAGCAACACCGAGUACCAGAACUACACGCCUUCGAGCCAACAGAUCCAGUGGUUCUGGCGAGCCCUGCGCUCGUUUGACAAGGAAGAGCUCGCCAAGCUUCUUCAGUUUGUCACUGGCACCAGCAAGGUUCCCCUCAACGGGUUCAAGGAGCUGGAGGGUAUGAACGGCAUCAACCGCUUCAAUAUCCAUCGGGACUACGGCAACAAGGAUCGUCUGCCCAGCUCGCACACAUGCUUCAACCAGCUCGACCUCCCCGAGUAUGAGAGCUAUGAUAUCCUACGUGCGCAGCUCCUGAAGGCCAUCACUGCCGGAAGCGACUACUUUGGUUUUGCUUAA